GAUUACCAUGAGUGCAUCCUCAUAUCCAUUUUCCGCAGAUUGAUUCCAAGCUCAGAGCUUGGAAAUACGCCAUCAGAUAAUAUUCAACAAUGUCCUCCCCGAAAGUUUGGUUUGGUUUAUCUGUUUCUACUACUGACCAGGAAACAAAGCUAACAACUUUCUCUGCAGUCACUGGUGCAUCGACAGGUUUAGGGCGAAAGGUUGCUGAAUACGCUUUGAGCAAAGGGGACAACGUAUUCGCCACCCUACGCAAGCUCUCGAUGUUGGAAGACCUCACUGCUAAAUAUCCCUCCUCCCGCCUCGCUGUUUUCCCGCUCGAUGUGACAGAUACCCCUUCGAUUACCGCGGCAUUCAAUGAGGCCCUCUCGCACUUUAAUCGUAUCGACAUCGUGCUGAACAAUGCAGGGUACUAUAUUGUAUCAGAAGCUGAAGGUAUACCUCACAAGGCAGCACGAGAGAUGUUCGAUGUGUUGCUCUGGGGCGCAGAAAAUGUCAUGCGUGAAGCUAUACGAUGCUUCAGGGACGUGAAUCGUCCAAUGGGCGGGCGAUUAUUGAACGUGUCUUCCCGGACAGCCAUGAUUCCACAGCCUGGCUCUACACAUUAUGCUUCAGCCAAAGCUGCUUUGGAGUGUUUGUCGGAAGGGUAUAUCAGCGAACUUGACCCAGAGUGGCACAUCAAAAUCACUCUCAUCGAGCCAGCUCUGUUUCGUACAUCGGUAGUCCAAAACCGCGUGGAAGAACCUGUUCACCCCGCUUACGCAUCCAAUGCAUCACUCCCUUCGCGCAUAUUCCGAGAUCUAUGUCCUCACAUCGAGGAGACACAUUUUGACGGCGAUCCGGCCAAGCUUGCAGAAAUGAUCUACAAAUUGUCUUAUUUGGAUGAACCCCCAGUGCGCCUCCCUUUGCAUAGGGUCUCCUUGGAAUCUGCGAGACAGAAGGGGAAACUAUUGCUCGAAGCUGCCGAGAAGUGGUCCAGUUGGUCAGACGAUAUAUAUCUUCGUAAGUGAACGAGAACUAGUGUCAUAUGUCAGGAUAUAUCGAUUCCAAGUCUAUCUACAA